GGGACGAUGUCUCCUGUAACAGUCGGCGGUAUGUUGUGCCAAGUAGCGGUCGUGUGCGCACUUCUGGCGGUCGUUAUUUCGUUCGUGAGAUUUCGCACGAGCCAUUACUACCAGCUUCUGAAACGAAUACCAGGACCAAAAGGACUGCCCAUUUUGGGAAACCUCAGAGAAAUAUUUGAAAGCACCGACCGUCUUUUAGAAUUCAUUGCAGAUCAACGACGGAAACACGGACCAAUAAGCAUCGCGUGGGUAGGACCGUACUGUGGUUUACUUGUGUGCGACCCUCAAGACGUCGAAGUGGUGCUGAGCAGGAGUUCCGCCCUAGCCAAACCUAGACCCUACAAGUUGCUCGAACUGUACCUCGGGUACAGCUUGAUAACCGCUGACCCCACGGACUGGAAGAGGUUCCACAAGAUCAUAACUCCUGCUUUCGGCCUUCCCACCCUGAAGAGCUUCAUACCGGUCUUCAACGAGAAGAGCAGAAUACUAGUGGAAGUGCUCAAGAGACACGAAGAUGGCCAGCCAUUCGAGAUGCUCGACUACAUGAUGAUGUGCACAUUGGACAUCGUCACCGAGACCAGUUUGGGAUCCAACAUGAACGUUUUGAAGGACAGACGUUUCGAGCUAGUGAGGGGUUUAAGUAUUGCCGAAGAUGAAAUAUUUUUCGGAAUAAUUCGGCCGUGGUUUUGGAUACCUGCCUUCGUGAAGCUGACGCCCACCUACAAGAAAAUGAAGAAUGGAAUCAAAGCCGUGUGGGAUUACGCAGAUUACAUCAUCGCCAAGAAACUGGAAGAUAACAGCAGUCAGAAGGUUGAACCGAUCCAAGAAAAUACCGACGAAUCCAAAGGGAAAGAACGCCUUGGUUUCUUGGAGCACGUAAUCUCUGGUUUGAAAGAUACUUCGCCCUUACUGAAGAGAGAUGAAAUCAAGGACAACACACUGACUGUUAUCGUGGGUGGGAUGGGCACAGGGAGUUUAGUCAUGUCGGCUGCUCUCAUGCUGUUGGGUUUACACCGGGACGUUCAGGAAAAGGUCGUGAAGGAGUUGGAGCACAUAUUCGGUGACGACAUCGACAGGACGGUGACAUACGAAGAUCUCAAGCAGAUGGUGUACCUCGAGCAAGUCAUCAACGAGACCAUGAGGCUUUACCCACCUGUACCAUUUACUGGCAGGGAAGCCACCGAGGAGAUUAACCUAACCAAGUAUACUCUACCUGCUGGGACUUACAUCGGCAUACCCAUCUCGCUGAUUCAUCGCAACCCCGAGUACUUCCCUGAUCCUGACAAGUUCGACCCGGACCGCUUCAGUCCUGAGAACAGUGCCAACAGACAUCCGUUUAGCUUCAUUCCGUUCCUGGGAGGUCGUAGGAUGUGCAUAGGGAAAAAAUACGCCUACAUGCAGAUGAAGAUCAUCCUGUCCACCGUGCUCCGAAGCUACGAAGUCCUCCCUUGUGGAUCCAGAGAAGAAAUGGAACAACUGCAGUUUAAGAUGACUCUUCACAUGGUUAAUGGUUGCAACGUGAAGCUUAUUCCUAGAAAGAAGUGAAAUACCAUGACCAUUAAUUUUGCCGUUAUAAUCUUUCCUUAAUAUGGUUUUGAUGUGAUAAUUUUUCUCAUUUUAUCCAUGAAGUCAAUCGUUAAAAAAAAUAAUAUGUAAGUAGUGUCCUUCCUUUAAGUUGGACAUAAUUAUAUCUAAUGUUUUAAAUACAAAAUUUUACACCAUUAGUUAUUUGUAAAUAAAUAUAGAUAAUUAAGUUCCAAAGUUGAUAAAAAAGUGAAUGGGCAGCGAAUACGAAAAGUUGUUCUAAUUUUUAGCCAACUUUUCAAAGAAUUUUUUUUUACUAAACCACCUUUCUGUACGUAAGUAUUUAUAUGGCAUGUUGUGUCUGUGUUAAUACCUUUUUUUUUAAGCCACUUGAAAUGAUUCCUAUAAAAUUACAUUCUUAAAAUUUUAUCUUAUAAAAUGUACGCAUUUAAUCAAAAUUUGUUUUCAAACAUUUAUAGCCCUUAAUUGCCAAUUAUAUAAAAAAAAGUUUACAGUAAUAAGUAUAUAUAUAUUUUUUGUCUUCACAGAAAUAACCUGGCGUGUUUAUUGAUGUAAUAGCAAUUUUUACAUUUUCAAUGAGACAGUAUCGUUCUCAACACAUGAAACUUAAGUGAAAUAAUAUAUUUUAUUAUUUUAUAAUGUUCUCAAUAAAAAUGAAUAUUGGGAAAAUAAGAUUGCUAGAGUGCCUCUUAAUUCCAAAAUUAAGUAAUACAUAAAAUCUUCAAAAUAAAAGAAUAUUCCUACAGAAAUUUAUGAUUUGUCAUUUAAUUUGUUUUUUAAAACUGCACUACAUCAUGUAGCAAAUAUUUUAACUUACCAUCUUAAUUUCUUUUAAAAAAGAGUACCUUACCUUCACUUAAACUAAGGUUUUUUCAUUCUACCAAAAAAAAAUAUUUUGUGGAAGUUUUUUUUAAAUAGGUACACAAACACGUUUUAUAAGCAGUAAAUUACAGAGUUGGUAAUGCGUUAAAAUCGGCGUGGCUUCUAUGAAUUCUCAGAACCAGUAUUUAAAUAUCUAUGAAAGUACAUGUACCUUUUGGAACAAUUUAUUAAUUAUUGUCACAUUGAUUUAUUAACACCAUUUUAACUAAAAAUUUAAUGAUAGUACUUUAAAAUCGAUCAUGAAUGAUUUUAUUAGCAACGAUUAGCGAUGUAAAUAAUAUACGUAAACACUAGCAAUAGUGGCUUUAUUUAAAUUAUUUUGAAUUUUUAUAAAAAUAUUUGGCAAAUUAAAAUUUUAAAUGAAAAAUAAAACGUUUUAGUUUUGACCCUCUAAACGAGAAGCUGAGAAAAUUAAUGUUUUUUUUUAUAUCAGUUAAACAACGUUAAAAUAUUUUUUUGUUGAAGUCCUUUUCUUUUUUUAGGGAAUUGAUACUUAAAAUUCUGUGAUUUUAUUUACUUAUGCAAUUUUUACUUUACGGAAAUAUUAUUUAACUCCGUUUUUGUCAAAAAGAUACAAUAAAUUUAAAAAAAUAUAUAUGUCUUCACAUUACACCAAAUAUUAAAUGUUAAUGAAAACCUCCGAUUUCAAUCAUUUUUAAGAAAUCCGAGGAGUUUAAUAUCUUCAGUUUACCAUACUAAACAAAGUUAUUAGGGUUUUGUGUUAUGUCUCGGGUUUCACUUUAAAAGUAUUUUGAACAUACUAUGUACUAAGUAAAAUAUUAAACUGAUUCCGAUGAAUAAACCUAUUUGA